CCAUCCUACCCACAGCCACAGCGAGGCUGGCUGGCUGGCUGGCUUAAACUUCCCAACUCCGAGUCUCGAACAGUGUACUGUGCAGUGCUUUUAUAUGUUUCUCUGAGCUUUACUUGUCAAGUUCUCUCUCCGCUCUUCGAGCCACCAUGGAUUCUGAUAUCUAUUGUGUCUCUAAACUUCUCAUCUUCUCUCUCAUUAUCCUCCUCUCUAUCUCCUUCCCUACCGUCAUUACCGGGAGAUCAUUCUCUUCUGCUUCUGUUACCGGCCAAAUCAACUCUAACUCGGUCCUUGUGGCGCUUCUCGACUCACACUACACUGAGUUGGCGGAAAUCGUUGAGAAGGCUCUGCUUCUGCAAACUCUUGAAGAAGCGGUCGGGAAGCACAAUAUUACCAUUUUUGCACCUAGAAAUGAAGCCAUGGAGCGACAACUCGACCCGGAAUUCAAGCGGUUCUUGCUGGAGCCGGGUAAUUUGAAGUCUCUCCAGACUCUCUUGAUGUUCCACAUCAUCCCCAAACGAAUCGGGUCCCACGAAUGGCCCGCUGAGGAAUCCGGGUCGGUGAAGCACGACACUCUCUGGAACGAUAAUCUUCACUUGACGACGACAGAGGGUUCGGAAAAGAAAUAUGUUGACUCGGCGGAGAUAAUUCGACCCGACGAUGUGAUCCGACCGGACGGCGUCAUCCACGGCAUCGAACGCUUGUUGAUUCCGCAAUCCGUGCAGCAAGACUUCAACCGGAGGAGAAGCUUGAGAUCCAUAUCUGCCGUGCUACCGGAGGGUGCGCCGGAAGUUGAUCCCAGAACACACCGUUUGAAGAAACCGGCAACCCCUGUACCGGUGGGUUCACCGCCGAUUCUUCCGAUUUACGAUGCGAUGGCUCCAGGUCCUUCCCUAGCUCCGGCACCAGCUCCGGGGCCCGGCGGCCCACACCAUCACUUCGACGGCGAGAGCCAGGUCAAAGACUUCAUCCAAACACUGCUACAUUACGGUGGCUACAACGAAAUUGCCGAUAUUCUGGUUAACCUAACAUCGCUAGCCACCGAAAUGGGGAAAUUAGUCUCCGAAGGGUAUGUGAUAACGGUCCUGGCACCAAACGAUGAAGCCAUGGCGAAACUAACAGUAGAUCAAUUGAGUGAACCGGGGGCGGUGGAGCAGAUUAUAUACUACCAUAUAAUACCGGAAUACCAGACCGAAGAGAGUAUGUACAAUGCAGUUCGGAGAUUCGGGAAGAUACGGUACGAUACCCUGCGGUUACCGCACAAAGUAGAGGCCCAAGAGGCUGAUGGGUCGGUCAAAUUCGGAGCGGGAGAUGGAUCUGCCUAUUUGUUCGACCCGGAUAUAUACACUGAUGGGCGGAUUUCAGUUCAGGGAGUCGAUGGAGUUUUGUUCCCCGAAGAGGUGAAGGAUUCCAUGGAGAAACCUGCCACCGCAUUGAAGAAGGUAGUUGCCAAACCCAGAAGAGGGAAAUUGCUGGAAGUAGCAUGUAGAGUGUUUGGAGCUUUUGGACAGUUCAAUUCAUGUCAAUAAUAAGUACACUAGCAUAAAUCACAAAGAGAAGAAAGUGGCACCAAAUAAACAAUGGAAGAAAUGGUAACUAGACAGCUUCCCCUGUUUUGAUGCAGUUGUAGGAAGAGCUUCUGGGUAAAUAGAACUAAAGGGCAGCUUCCCCUGUUUUGCAUGAUUCCACAAAAGUUCUUGGUUGUUUUUGUUAAUAAUACUGUAAUUACAUGUGAUUUUGUAAAAAUUAUUGUAUGUACGAUGCACUGCCCGAACGACCUUAGAAGAGAACAUCACUUGUGAUCAUGGGUUGUGUUUUUUUCCCCCUGUAUUUGCACCAAUUCUUGUGAAUCAAAGCUCAACAAUAUUCUUAUUUA